CCCCUCCCUAUUCUCCCCCCUUCUCAUUCUCUGGAGCUCAUUAGGCGAGAGAGACACAAUGAGUCCUUUACCUACACAUACGAAUGGCGUUGGGCCAAGGGCGACAUUUCCGCUAAGCAAAUCCUUGAGGCAGAAGCCUAGGAAAUGGCCGUUGGUGUUUCGUUUCAUCAAGGGAGCUAUUCACUAUGUAAUCCUUAUACCCGUCCUCUUCCACACUCUCUUCACAAUAGCCGUCCUUCUCGUCCACCGCCUUGUCGAUGUGGACCUUGCUCUCCCCUCCUCCAUUGUUCCCUCGCUUUCCAUCGUCGUCGGUCUCAUGCUCGUUUUCCGGAAUAGCAGCUCCUACGAACGCUACUGGGGCGGCCGCACAGCCUUACAGCAGAUUGUUAACAACCUUCGCAAUCUCGUUCGCACGUUCCUGGUUUGUGGACCCCUCUCCGACGAUUCGGAUAGAGUCGAGACGGAGAGGACUGUAAAAACUCUCGUUGCGAUGCUCUACGCAGUGAAGAACCACUUGAGGGGGAAUUGGGAAGCAUCGGCACUCCAACCAGAGUUUGCUAGUCUGAUGCCCGAGGGGUUUAGAGGGCAUGAAGCGGAAGGUGUGGGGUUACCGAUGGAGUUGGCGUUCGUGGUCGAAAGGUAUAUCAAGAGGGGUGUUAAGAAGGGGGCUUUCAAUGCGCCGCAGUCGGCGAAUUUGAAUGCGUCGCUGAAUGCAGUUAUUAUGGCUUAUGGGAACAUGGAGACUAUUAAGUUGACUCCCAUACCUGUUUGUCAGCAGAUCCAUCAAAAACAGGUGUUGGCCUUAUACUGUUGUGUGCUUCCAUUCUGCCUUUUAGACGAUAUGGGAUGGUGGACCAUUCCGGUUAUCACUCUUGUCUGCUUUACUCUCUAUGGUAUUGAAGGCAUCGGAGAGGAAUUGGAGGAUCCCUUCGGGAAUGACAGGAAUGAUAUCAAGAUUGAUGCUAUCAUCGAAGACUGCAGACAAGAGGUUAUGGUUCUCCUUGAGAGCUGGAAAAGGGGUCGCGAGGAGUACUACUUGUAGGAGGUUGGAGACAUGAUGUGAUACCCGAUAUGGCGGCUGCUUUUGAGCGUGCUGAAUUUUGGUUUUAUGAUACCCAUUCUUGGUGCCUUUGGUUUAUUUUUAAAAUCGAGUAUAAUGUAUGAGCUUUGCGUGGUGGAUCUGGGAUUAAUGGAUCCCGCUAUUAUAAGAUAAUGUUUUAUGUAGUAAUGAAACUUGGAUAACGGUGA